AGGCUCGGGGCUCGGGCACGCCCGAGGAGGCCGGCUCCCGGCGCCCUGCCCGCAGAGAGCCCCGCCGCGGGCGCCAUGCCCGCGUAGCCCCCACCCGCCGGAGCCGCAGGCCCGCGCGGCUCUCCUGCGGCGUGCCCACCGAGGCUGCUGCGGCAGCUGCGAUGGCCGUGAGCUCGGGGCUCCGCCCGGCGCCUCCCUGGAUCAUCCUCGCCGUGGUGUUGGCUGCUCGGCCGCUCGAGGGCGGCGCCGGCGCGGGACCCCGGUGUGGCGGGUGCCCGCAGGAGGCCGCAGGGGAGGCCGAGGGCUGCUGCGGCGCGGGCCGCCUCGCGCUCGACGGGCACGCGGGCUGCCCCGAGGAGGACAGCCUGCAGCCGGUGAGCUUCCGGCAGCUGGCGGUGGGCUUCCGGCAGCUGGCGGCCCGUGAGCGCCCUCGAGCCGUGCGCGCGGCUGCGGGAGGCGCCCUGCUGCGGGGUCGUGCCGCCGAGCGCAACGCCAGUGGCCUCCGCGGGGACGGAGGAGACUCGAAGGAGAUCUUCGUCCUGCACGUCGGCAAGACGGGGGGCACGAGCGUGUACAAGAGCCUCGGACCGGCGCUGGCUUCGGAUGUCCAGCUCAGGAGCCACGCGGCGUCGCGCGAGGAGCUGCACACGUGCGCGGACCACGCCAACCACGGUUACGUCUAUUUCGUCAGGGCGCCCAUCCAGAGAUAUGUCUCGGGGUGGAUCUCGAGAUUCCGGAUGGGUGGCAGGCAGCACUUCAACAUUUGGUCUUUCGGGGAACUAAAGGCCUUCUAUCGUUUCCGCUCGCCCGAUGAGCUCGGCUGCGCCUUGUCUUCAAGCUCUGCCCAACGACGCGCUUCAGCCCGCGAAGCGAUGAACAGCAUCCAGCACGUCAUGUGGAGUUUGACCAACUAUUGGGGUGGCCUCGAGAAUUUCGAAAACUGCGUGGGCUCGAACGCUUUUGUCGGCCGCUUUGAGCACAUGCAGGAGGACUACGAGCGCCUGGUCGACAUGCUGGCAUCGCGGAACAGCUUGGCUCAGGAGCCCGAUGCCAACAUCUCCCAGUACCACAGCACCCCGGCCCAGUACGACGGCUUCCGCCACCUGGGCGAGUGCGCCCGCGCAAACCUGCGGCACUGGUACCGCGAGGACUACGAGCUCUUCGACCGGCUCGCGGCUCGGGGCCUCCUGCCCGAGGCCUACCCCGCGGAGGCGCGUGCCAGCGACGAGGAGGCCGCGCCCGCGCGUCCGCUCAACUGGCUGGCCCUCCGGACGACGUGGAUGGUGGCGGCCUGCGUGUGCGUCGCAGUCGCCGGCCUCGCCGCCUUGGGCCUGCUGGCCACGGGCGCCGGGAAGGGCCGCGGCAGCUCCGUCUGGCGCUGCUUCCUGUGGAUCCUCUGGGCGUCGGUGCUCCUCGGCGUGCCCUGUGGGUUCAUGGUUGUGCUCUUGCAGUGACGCUGCGGGUGCAGGCGCUGAGCCGGCCAUCCUCGCGCAGGUAGGGUAUGUUACCACAUAACUUGUUGGACCAGGUUUUCUUGAACGAGUUGUCUGUCACUCUUGGAUGGGCUCUGCAGUUGCCAGGGCCUAGAGUGGAGUGCUAUCCUUUGCGCGAAUGCGAGGAUAAUCUUUUACCGCAAUUUGUUUGUCCAGUUUUUUUCUGAACGAGUGGUCUGUCACUCUUGGAAUGGAUCUGCGGAUGCCAGUACUCAACACGCUAUCCUCGCGCGAUUGUGCGAAGUGGAUUCUUUACAGCGUGAUUUGUACGACUACGUUUUUUUUAGUUUUCUACCUGGUGAUCUUGGAGUUGAUCUGCAGAUUCCGGUGCUUAGCGUGCCAUCCGCGUUCGACUGAGCGGACGGGAUUGGUAUGCCAUCCAAUUCGUUAGACGAGUUGUUUUCUGAGUUAACCAUCGACGAGGGAAUCGACAUUUCUGAUUCUGUGCAAGCAUACUUUGCUUUCGUGGAGAGGUGACGCCCUCCCCCCCGACUUACGGAUAGCAGACCAAGCUUGCGAGGUAGAUCGAUAAAACACA